AUGGCAACCUGGCGGACGAACGCGACAGUAUGGGACAACGCGACGGUGAAAGCGUUCAGCGUGUUUGACGGCUGUGACUCACAAGUGGAGGGCAUCCUGUUCGACCUGACGUUGCAGUGCAUCAACGUGGCUGUAGGUAUCCCCGCUAACAUACUGGUUAUCGCCGUGCUGGUGCGCAACCGCAAAGAUCCGGCCACCUCUGACAUCUACCUGGGUUCGUUGGCUUUCAUGGAUGCCUACUUCGGCUCCAUGACGCCCAUCAGCUUCCUCAACCUUUACCACUGGCAAAGCAAGGAGGUGUGGUCAGCCCUCAAGUUCUCUUACGGGGUGAAAGACACCAGUGGGCCGCUCUUCCUCUCCUGCAUCUGCCUGGAUCGCUUCGUGGCCGUCCUCUUCCCGCUGGCGUUCGGCCGCCUCAAUAACAUCAAAUAUCGGGUGGGUCUGUCCGUUCUUGUCUUCGGGCUUACCUUCGCCUACUCCGCCGCCAAAGUGGUGGGUGGCUUGCCAGACUUUGAGAAGGUGUUCACCGGCGAGAUCUUAGCCACCUUCACCUGGAUGGUGAUGUGCAAUGCCAGCAUCCUGUGGGCUCUGAAGAAGUCGAGCAGUGUCGGGAAGGACGAGAUGCAUCCCAUGAAGAGGAAAGCCUUCAAGAUCGUGCUGUCCAUCCUUUGCAUCAUCGUGGUCAACUACCUGCCGCCCGUCGCCCUCUUCCCCUUCGAGGACUACUACUCUCCUGACGUCUUCCGCUGCUACGUGCAGCCUGUUGGUUUUGCUUUUCUCAACAUCAGCAGCACCAUCCAGCCCCUGGUCUACUUGUCUCGCCUGGAGAAGGUCCCCUUCCUGCCGGACACAUGUGUCCGCAAGUGGUGCUCUUGUGUUGCUGAGGUUAAAGUCAAAACCAAGCCUGCGCAGAACACGUCUAACCAGAAAAAAACUUGA